AAGGCUUUUUACUUUAUUUGUUUUUCAGGAUCUCUCUCUAAUUCAGAUUCUGGGGAUGAUAGUGCUGAAAAGACUUCCAAAUUAAGUGAACCUUCCCAAGCAAAAAAAAUAACAAACUCCUCCAACUUGGAAGAUUCUGAACAGGCAGGUAUAGAUCCUCUGAUUGAAGCAGCAAUAAGGAAGAUGAAUAAACUAGACACAAUAUUGGCAAAAAAACACUUGAAAGAGAGAGCAAUUAAAAAACAAGGCAAAGAAAUGAGAGCAAAGCUCUGGGAAGAACUUCAGUCUGUCAGUACUUCUGGAAGUCAUGAGGAGAUAGAAAACACAAAACACUUUUUAGCUUUAAUCUCAUCCUGGCAGGAUACAGCUGAGCCCUUCCAUGUUAAAGAAGAUGAAAUAUGUAUUUCAGUAUUUCACACACAAAUUAAUCCAGAAGAUUAUGAUUGUCAUAAAAGCCAUCAUAAUCACGAUUGUCCAAAGGAAAUAAAAACAAACGAAUUUCUGAAUCUGGCAGAAAAAACACACAAUAAAAGCAAAAGCAGUCAGGAUUUCAUUAAAAAGAAUAUUGAGCUAGCAAAGGAUUCGGGAAACCAGGUUGCUUUGCUUGAGGAAGAAAAGAAAAGGUUGAUUGAACUAUUGAAAGAUACAGGAGAUGGAAGUGAAUUGCAGGGUCUUGAGGAAGAUGCGUCCAGCUGGCUAGUACCGGGAGAAGGGUACACACCUGAACCAAUGGAAUUUCAUCACCUGAGUGAAAUAGAUGUUAAGCUUCAAGUGCUGUCUAAUGGGCAUUUCUCUACGAGUCACAGCUCUUGCUCAAAACCCCCAAGGCAGAUUUAUCAGGAGUCUCUGGCUUAUGCAAACAGAAAACUAGAAGCAGUUCCAGGUGAAAAAGUUCUGCGAUAUAAUAAGGAGCACCGGGACCAGCAAAACCGUCUGAAAGAAAUAGACAAUCAGCUGAAAUCCCUGGAGGAAAGUCUU